AUGAAGUUUCUCCUCCGCGCAUCUUCUCUUGCUGGAAACUCUUUCCGAUUUGCAUCACAAGCGAGAAGCAAGGUGUUUUUUGAUGUGAAUAUUGGAAACGAGCCAGCUGGAAGAAUCGAGAUUGAACUUUUCAACGAUCAUGUUCCAAAAACUGCCGAAAACUUCAGAGCUCUUUGCACCGGAGAAAAAGGUGUAGGAAAAUCAGGAGUUCCACUUCAUUUCAAAGGAUCGAAAUUCCAUAGAAUUAUUCCUGAUUUCAUGAUUCAAGGAGGUGAUUUCACAAGACACAACGGAACAGGAGGAGAAUCUAUCUAUGGACACAAAUUCGAGGUAACUUUUGAAUAUUAUUUUUUUAAAUAAAUUUAUUUAAAAAAAAAUUCCAGGACGAAAACUUUGAUUUGAAACACACUGGUUUGGGAUGUGUCUCAAUGGCAAAUGCUGGACCAAACACAAAUGGCUCUCAAUUCUUCAUUUGCACAGUCGACACUCCUUGGCUUGAUGGAGGACAUGUUGUUUUUGGACAAGUCACUGAUGGUAUCUCAAUUGUCAAGAAAAUCGAAAAAAUCGGAUCAAGAUCGGGUGCCCCAUCAAAGGUUGUUUCUAUCGCUGAUUGCGGUGAGCUCAAACAAUAA